UUUAGCAGGUGAAUAAUUUGAUUCCUGAUCGUUCAAUUAAGGGAGAGUCUCGCCAACGGAAAAAUUCUCCAGUAGUGAACUUUAGAAAAUGCAUCAAAAAAAGUAAGAAGAAUUAUAAUCUGGAUCUUGCAGCUUUAUAAUUUUCACCUGCCAAGGUAAGUUUAAGAGGUGAGGAGCUAUUAACAGAUAAAAUGGUGACACAAAAUGGCUCUUGUUGGGACAGGUUGUUCUUUUACGGUCAAUUUGACAGUGCAACUCGUAACAAUGAACUGCGGCGGAAGUCGUAAAUCUUUAAUAACUUGCACAUCGAUCUCGAUUAGUAAUUAUUCUUCCAAUAACUCGUUCAGUUGAAGAAAUGAAAAGCUAUUUUUUAGCAGGACAUAAGGUCGAGCGAAACUGAAAUGUGAAAAAGGGGGUCUACAUUAUGCGGGGUUCUUGGCUGACUGUGGCACUGAUUGAUUGUUUGGUAAUACUAUCGCAUUUAACUUUUGUUAAGACUACAACAGUCAUAACACGAGCAUCAUUUCGACGAAGUUUGGAAUAUAAACAAAGCAUUUUGCCAGACGUCCGGGUGGACAGCCAUUUAAAUGAACAAUCACGGUCGCUGGGCGGGAAACAUUUACGUAAAAGCAAAGUAAGAGCUUUUAAGAAGAGGUUCAGGAAACAAAGCGAUGAGGUGUUUGGUCAAAAUAAACCUGACGUUAGCAAGAGGGAUUACUUUUUUGCGGCCGCUUCUCCAUACGACCGAAUGACAAGUCCCGUUGACCGAAGAAUGUUUCUGGUUCACCGAGGAGAAAGAGGGCCAUGUUUCUUCCAUGCGUGUCACCAUGGAGGGAUGUGCAUUCCACGACACCAUGGUUUUUACUGCGAAUGCCUACCUGGUUUCAUUGGGACGAGAUGUGAAGUUAAGAAAGAGUGCAGACCUGAAACAUGUAAGAACGGCGGGACAUGUACUGAAAUAGCCGUUGGAAGACAUCUUUGUACUUGCCCUGUUGGAUUCCUUGGAGAUGACUGUGAAGCGCGAAGCCCUUGCCAUCCAAAUCCCUGUCGUAAUGAUGGUACAUGCAGCCAGACUGAUGAAUCAUAUACGUGCAUAUGUGAACAGGGAUACAAAGGAAAGAACUGUGGAAUCGCUAAUAAGUGUUCACCAAACCCUUGCAAGAACGGAGGAGUUUGCUUCGAGGAAAACAAUGAUUACGUCUGCAACUGUCCACAAGGUUUUAAAGGAAAAACCUGUGAAGUGAUCAGCGAGUGUAAUUCUGUCUACUGUCUGAAUGGGGGAACAUGCAGAGAUGAGCCAUCUGGAUACAAGUGUGACUGCAGGCUUGGAUUCUAUGGAAAGCAAUGCGAAGCUUCUGCAUGCCACCCUAAUCCCUGUCAAAAUGAUGGGGCUUGUCUAAGAUUUGGUAAUCAAUACUCCUGCCAGUGCAAACAAGGCUUCUCUGGAAACCGGUGUAAAGUUCGAAGACCAUGUUCCCUUGUCCUCUGCCUUAAUGGAGGAACCUGCGUGGAUGGGUCUUUCACAAACAGUAAAUAUGGCUUUGCAUGUGUGUGUCUGCCGGGAUUUGACGGCAUCAUGUGCGAGAAACAUCUUCCGGAUGACUUAGGAGAUACUCUUCAAAUUGCAUGAACGGCAUGUGGUCGAUAAAGCCAACGGUUUGGGUCUUCAACUCUUUAUUUGUAGACAGCAAUAAUAGUCAAUAUAUAAAAUUAUAUGGAUUUUCGAGAUUUAACGACCCACAAUAUGCGAGAGAAGCAACUUCAUGGCCGUUAGAAGUAUAUUCGAAGUUUCACUAAGCAUUUCACACCUUAAAUGUAGGAAAGGCAAAUCGCUGUUAAAGUCAUAGCACAUCGCGAUGGCAAGUGUCAUGCGUUUACUAUACCAGUGGGGUUCAUUAAAGGAGCCUCAUAUUCUCCAGCAACGAAAAUAUCUCAAUAAAAAAUAGAAUAUAAAUCGCCCAUGUUCACUUUAUUCUUGGCAAAGAGAACAUUCAUAGUUUAUCUUUUUCGUUACGGCCGUAAAAAAAGCACAAAUUGUUCGUCCGAAAGUAAAAACAAAAUUGUCCCGUGAGUAAGGUCAGGCCUGGGCCCGGCUUUGAUUCAAAACUUCCUGUUUACGUCACAUAGCAGUUACUCAAAAUUAAGCUUGAUGUACAGAAAGUUAGAAUGUACAAUGGGAAGAUAUCAAAUAAAAUUGCAUGGCACUAAAGAAAGUAGAUCUAAAAAAAUAAACAGUAAAACCGUCGUGUUAAUGUAAUUAGCUUGGUUUAUUAUUGCAAAGUUUUGAAAACUUAAGAUAUUUAGAACGAAAUAAGUUUGAUAACUUGUGUAAACCAUUAGCGAACGGGUUUUUGCUGUGAUCUUUAGCAUGACUUUGAGACCUUUUUUCCACAGCAGUAUAAAAUUAUUCUAAUUUUCCUUAAGCCUUCUUGUCUGUCAUCAUGUUUUCGAUCCUUAGGGGUACAAAUCCCUCCAAAUUAGCGUUAUGUUAGGUUUUUAAUUGUUUUUUUGUAAAUGUCGCUGAUGUGUCCAAAUUGGUCUUUGUGUUGUUUGUUUUGAAUUAGUAUCUACACAUUGCGUAUGAGUAACUCAAAUAAAAUAAUUCGAGUAGAACAAUUAUCGUAGUAUAUCAAUGAAUAAAUGGCAAGCAAACGUAGUGUGCAUAAGUCAAUUUGUUUAUUUGUCGAAAAAAAUGAAAAAUAAAAAAAAAACUUUGUUCCGUUCUACAGCGCAUUUCCGGAAAUGCUUCACAUCUGUGUACACAGCCACCAGUUGCUAACUCAGUUUUUGUAGUUAAAGGUAGAUAACGUAAAACCAGGGUGCAAGACGAAAAAAACAAACAAACAAACAAAACACCUGUUAGUUUCGUUUUUCACCAAUAAACUACUACUAGCAUUGUUUCCUGGAUCAAUAAACUAGCUGGGAAGUCUAGCGAAGCGUAAACAGGUACAAAAUUGGAAAAGCUUUGAAGUUCAUCUCCAGUUGCUGAUUUGGAAUUCAGACAUCAUUGACAAACGCCCAUCUUUUGACAAUCGACAAUGGACAGCCCG